AUGGAAGAUCAUACCCCCACAUAUGUAACUGCAAGUAACUUGCUAACUGACAUUUCCCAGCUGGAGCCGUUUGAUGUGGUCGGAUUUGACGCAGAUCAUACCCUUGUGAAGUAUAAUGUGGUUGCCCUAUCCAAAAUGAUUGAUGAUUGCCAUUUAAAAACGAUUGUAAAGGAUUGUGACGGAUAUCCGCAUAAUAUCUCAGAUAUGUUUGAUGAAGAGCUUAGUCAUUUCCCUUUUAAUGGAGCUACAUUCGAUAUGAACACCAGCCUUCUAGUCAAAAUAUCUGAAGACAAGAGAGUAAUGGUGGCUUAUAAAGGAUUCACUAAACUAAAUGAAAAUGAAAUUGAGAAUAUUUAUGGAAAAGAUAGAAUCUUUCAUAAAGAAUAUGACGUAUGGAACUACAGGAGCUUAGACAAAGGCUAUAUCGGAUUUCAUACUUACUUUGACACCUCCAGUGUCACUCUCUGUGCUAAAUUAAUGGAGCUCAAACUUCAAGGUGCAAUAAAUAAGACAAAUGAGGAGAUAAUUAAUGACAUCAUAACUUGUGUAACGAGCUGUUAUGCAAAUUAUAAUGAAGAGAGAUGAUAUAGAAUAGCUGAUUUUGGAUACUUUUUCCCAGAAGUUGUUCGAAAUACAGACAAAUAUAUUCAGAAGAGAGAAGAUUUCAGAGAUAUAUUGAAGCAGCUAAAGGAACUUGAUAAAAAAUUAUUCAUUGCUACUAAUUCUCAUGCUGAGUAUACAGACCUAAUAAUGACCAGAUCUAUAGGAGAGGACUGGAAAUCUUUCUUUGAUUUUAUCGCCAGCAAUUGUGGGAAACCAGCAUUCUUUGACAAAAUCGAGGACACUCAAAAAUUUUAUAGAUGUGACUAUAACUCUCCAACUUUGAAGGGCAAGAAAUGUGAAGUUGAUGACCUUGAGGAUACACACAUAUAUCUUGAAGGGAACUGAAAAGAUCUCGAAAACUAUUUCAAGAAACUUGUUGGAAAAGAAGAGAUCAAUGUAGCUUUCUUUGGAGACCAUUUUAUUACAGAUGCAGCUCUGUCAGAUCUUCAUGAAAAUUGGAAGGGGAUUACAAUCAUGGAAGAGCUCAAUCAUGAGCAAAUGAAGCAAGAAGAGGAAUCACAACUUCUCAACUAUCAAAAGUACUGGGGAUCAUUUUUUGGAGGAGAAAUAAAUAAAGUCUGGUACAAGAAUGCAUGGGUUAAAUUUGCAGAAGGACAUUCCUCUUUCGUGCUUCCUUUAAUGAAAGAUCUUGGCAGGCUGUUAAUCAAAUAACUUUCAAUGUAUGA